AUGAGUUAAUAAUGUUCUAAUAAAUAUGCUUAUAAUCAAGAAUUAUAUGAAUAGCAAUUGGAUAAAAUAAAAAACGAAAUAGAAGCCUAAGAUCAAUUCAUUAUUACUUAGCCAAUAGAACUAUAAAUAUUAGAAUCAGAAUACUUAGAAAAUUAAGGAUUUCUUAAAAAGAUUAAUGUAUGUGAUUAAAAGGAAUUUUAGAAAAUCCAUCAAUCAUAUCCAUUUUUAGAAUAAUGAGGAGAGAGGGUAGCUGCUUUUAUAGAGCAGUUCUGUUUAGAAUAUGUUCAAUCAAAAGAUUAGCAAAUAUUAAAUAAAUUAGUAUUAUCAUUUCCAAUUCAGAGGCAGACUUAUCAGCUGUUGGAUAUGAAUUAAUUGUUAUUGAUGAUUUUUAUGAUGUUAGUUCUUUAAUAUAUAAAGGAUAUUAUGAAAUAUAUAAAAUUAUGUCCAAACAAGAUUACUAUUUAAGGGAUAGUAGAUGCAUUUUGCAAUAAAGCACCAUCUGAUUAUCAUAUUAUGUAUAUGAGAAUGAUGACAUUUGGUUAUAUCAAAGCAAAUUUAUUUUUAUUUGAAGGAUACUUAGAAACAGGAACAGUUGUAGUAUUUUGUUAAUGAUGUUGAUCCAAUUGAUAAGGAAGCAGAUUAAGAUAUAAAAAUUAUUUAAAAAGGAUUUAUAUCAUAGCAUUGUAGAACUACUUACAAAUUCCAAUUAGGAUAUUCUAUUUGGAUGGGAAUAUUGCCACCUUCGAUGCCGCAAUUUUUUAAAUUCCAGAAGAUCUGCAUCUUCUGGAAUUCUAUAUUUAUUAAUUUAUUUUACAGACGUGGACAUUAUGACAUUCUUUAUCCAAAAUGA